GAUAAUAUAGUAGAUAAUCUAUGGUCCUAGAAAUAAAUAAACCAUUUCUAAAUCAUUUCCAAAUAUUGUGAAUGUGAAAAUUAUAAAAGAAACGCAAUACAUUAUAGUGUCGAAGUGCUAUUUUACGGCUUGAGAAAAAUGGCGAGGAUGAAAUUUAACUCGUUUCUUUGGGGCAUAAUCAUCGCUUCAGCAACGUGGAGUGUAUCCUUGUAUUUGUACUGGUUAUUAAACAUGAGCGGUGAUAAUGUUGUUAAUAAUACUGAGAACAGAUUCCAUUACCAUCUUGUUAACAAGGGUGAAAAGGAUCGUAUAAAAAACAAUGACAAAUCUAUUGCAGCUUUGGAGGGCAAGAAUUUGUUGUAUGACAACCCCAAAACAAGUGAUGAUCAGUUUGCUGGUAAAAUGUGGAAGUAUCAAAAAGAAAAAUCUGAAUAUCAAAGGAAGAUCAUGCUGCGUGAAAAGUUUGCUAAGCAGUUAGGGAUAAAAUCUCCUGCACAACCAGAUAAGAGUUUGGAAGAUCAGUUUGGUUUAAUUCACAACGCAGAAGAUGUGAGGAUUCGGGAAAAGGGAUAUACUAUGCAUGCAUUCAACACUCUGAUUUCACAGAGAAUUGGAAAUUUUAGAGGAUUGCCUGACACCAGAAAUAAACUGUGUCGUUCACAAAAGUUUCCGCCGAAACUUCCUAAGGCAUCCAUCAUUAUUUGUUUUUACAAUGAACAUUUUGAAACACUGAUGCGUUCGAUUCAUUCUAUCUUAGAUCGUACAGAUCAACAGCAUCUCAAAGAGAUUAUACUAGUUGAUGAUUAUAGCGACAUUGAUGAUCUGCACCAGCAAAUACAAAAUGCUAUAAAUGAACUAAACAACUCCGUGAAGAAACAAGAAGAGAUGCUUGAAACAAAUAAUAUUGAUGGCGAUAAUAUUAUUGCGGAUUAUAUAAACGAUGACAAUAACAAUGAAUUAGAUAGUUUGAAGGAAACAACUGAUUCUUCGAAAGGUACUUUAAACAUACGGUUGCUGAAAACCAAGAAGAGGGAAGGGCUUAUUCGUGCUAGGUUAUUUGGAGCUGAAAAUUCUGUUGGAGAAGUUCUUGUUUUCCUGGAUUCCCACAUAGAAGUGAAUGUAGAUUGGCUACCUCCCCUCUUGACCAGAUUAGCCGAAGACGUAGACGGUGUCCAUGUAAAAUACUCACCGCGCGCUGUGACACCGGUCAUUGAUGUUAUAAAUGCUGAUACCUUUGAAUAUACUGCUAGUCCUUUGGUUAGAGGUGGUUUCAACUGGGGACUGCAUUUCAAGUGGGACAACCUGCCUAAAGGAACUUUGAAAAACGAUGAAGACUUUGUGAAGCCAAUAAGAUCUCCGACUAUGGCUGGUGGAUUGUUCGCAAUCUAUCGAGAAUAUUUCAAUAAUAUUGGCCAAUACGACUCAGGCAUGAACUUGUGGGGUGGUGAAAACUUGGAGAUAUCGUUCCGGAUUUGGAUGUGUGGCGGUAUUCUUGAGCUAAUCCCCUGCAGCCGCGUGGGACACGUGUUCCGUAAACGCAGGCCGUACGGCUAUGGGGAGAAAGAAGACUCUAUGCUCCAUAACUCUAUGCGAAUGGCUCGCGUAUGGAUGGAUGAUUAUGUGACUAAAGUAAUAGACCAGAAUCCGUCUGCGGCUCACAUCUCUAUAGGCGACAUAUCUGAGCGGCAGGCUUUACGCAAGAGCCUACAUUGCAAGCCAUUCAAAUGGUACCUAGAAAAUGUCUACCCUGAGAUCGAGGCUGGACAGGACACGGCCGCUAAGAAGAAGAUUGCUGCUUUAAAUGACCCAGAGAAGAACAAGUUGCAACCUUGGCAUUCCAGAAAACGCAAUUAUACGGAUUCAUUCCAAAUACGUUUGAAGAAUACCUCGUUAUGUAUACAGAGCGCUAAGGAUAUUAAAACUAAAAAUUCUGGAUUGCUGCUUUCAAGUUGCAUGAGAACUUUAAAUCAGAUGUGGUUUGAAACGGAUCGGCAUGAAUUGGUCUUAGGGCGGAUUUUGUGUUUGGAUGCUACUAACAACGUCUCACCUGUUAUCGGGAAAUGUCACGAACUUGGCGGCACUCAGGAGUGGAAACACAAAGGAUCGGCUGGCAGUCCCAUCUACAACACAGCGGCGGGUAUGUGCUUAGGAGUCGAACGGGCGUACCGUACAGAGCCACUUCUACUAGUCAUAUGUGACAACCAACCAACGAACCAGUGGGAUUUCAUCAGGUCUUAAUUCAUAGUUAACAUCUAAAGUAGUAGCUAAGUUGUAUUAAUGUUGUUAAUCUUUGUUAUAGCUCGCAAGGUACUUAUAGUUCGCUCAGAGGCCUUAGUGUAAGGUUGCAAGUUAAGUAACGCGGUAAAAUGUAUCAUUUGGAUAGGUAAACAUCGUGAUUUGGCAUUCUAAGUUAGAAAAACGUGACUCCAGUUAAAGUUUAAUCUGUCUAGAUUGUAUGGAGGCGUCAAAUCACGCUAUACGUCAUAUUAUUGUAUUUAACUUGAGAACUUACACCCAAGCCCUCUGUAGUUAAGCAUGUGAUUUUAUGCCUCGUCAACAUUGAUAGAAUUCGAGCGUCGAAACACAAGAACGUCACAGAAUAUUGGAUCUGAAGGCCCUUGAUUUAAAGUCGAAAAUAGAGUACCACCGAUUUUAAUUUAGCAACGGUUCCGCUUGGAGCGCUGAGUGUACGGACGGGCUAGCGCUUUAAAGCAGUUAUGGUCCAUUUUAGUUAAACGCUGACGUGUUUCGACGCUCAAAUUCUAUCAAUGUGGGCGAGAUGUAAAAUCUCAUACUAACCAUACUGUUUGUGUGCAUUAUAUAGCAUUUCAUCAAAACUACGAGCGGUGUUAUGAACUGUUCUUGAACUUGUGCAGUGGGUGAUGAAUGAAAACAUUAUCAUGUGCAGAAAUAACCCGACUGAUGUUGAAGCUCUUUAUAAAAAUCAAUUAUAAUCCUAGUGCCCAGUAAUAACCUAAAAAAAACUUCCCAGACCAUUGACAAUUAAUCUCUUUUUUACCAUAGCAAGUUUUCCUGUUAGAGCUCAGUUAGACGGUUCAUCAAAAUAAUCAUAACCCGAAGUAGUAACCCGAAUUGUUUACAAAAUGUGUAUUUCUGUUGCCGCUAUAACAACAAAUACUAAAAAUUUCAAAAUAUCUGAAAAUAGAAAUAAAAUAAAAAGUGUUAUUUUUUGUACAAUCGUACGGAACCCUUCCUUUUUUUUUAAUGUCUACCGUUCUCUUUAUAUUGUUAAGGUUUAAUUACAAUACUCAGUGUUGUUUCAGGUUUCAGGUUGGUUGUCAAUUAAACAUAAGGUAUUAUAUUAUAAAGCAAGUAUUAGUUUUAGGUCUCAGUCUUCGUACGAUUCUAUGAAAAAAUUACUAAACGCAGAGAAGUAUCUUCUUUCGUCAUUUGAUUUCAUUCGAUCAAAUUUAAACUGUAUGCUUUAAAUUAUAAACAACUGAGGCCUUCUAUUAUUAAUAUAAUCUCAAUAUAAUUAGAUUUUAUUAGUUUAGUUUUUACUAGUUGACCCGCCCCAGCUCCGCAUGGGGAGCCUACCUAUUCCAUAGACAAAAUAUGGGCACAAAUGUGUUAUACCCUAUUAGAAUCUAGCCAAUAAUAAACAUCCCGUGAAAUGUUCUGUAUACAGUGAAACCCGUAUUGUAUAGUUACAGUUUUAUUAUAAGUAUUAGCAUAGAUUUAUUUAUUUCCAACUUCACAUUCCAAUUUUAGCAAUUGUUUAGCAACCGUCAUGAAUUUAUGGUACCGUAUAAGUUUGAUGUUGACGAUAAAUAACAUACAAAAAGUUCCUAAGACUAUAAUUUGUUUUAGCAUUUUGUAAAGGCGUACCCACACUAGCGUGCCUACUAUAACGAUGUCGGCGGCUAUUAUUUGUACUGAAAAAUCCGUCCCAUGUUUAUUUGUCAAUGUAACACUAAAUCAUAUUAGUUUUUUUACGAAUAUUUUACAGGUUCUUUUGUAAUCAAUAAGCAAACAGGUAUCGUAACAAAUUGACUAUAAUAAU